GGAUGCAAUUGUUGCUGAUUUGGACAAGAAAAUGGCAAAAAGUGUUGAUAUAGCCAACACAACUUUCUUGCUGAUGGCUGCUUCCAUCUAUUUCCACGACAAAAAUCCCGAUGCGGCUCUGCGUGCUCUGCAUCAAGGGGAGAGCUUGGAGUGCAUGGCCAUGAUGAUACUGAUUCUUCUGAAGCUUGACAGGCUCGAUCUGGCUCGCAAGGAACUUAAGAAAAUGCAGGAGCAAGAUGAGGAUGCGACUCUUACUCAGCUGGCGACUGCCUGGGUGAACCUGGCCAUAGGUGGUGAGAAGUUACAAGAUGCCUAUUACAUCUUCCAAGAGAUGGCAGACAAAUGCUCCUCCACCCUCCUCCUGCUUAACGGACAAGCAGCCUGCUAUAUGGCUCAGGGCAAGUGGGACGAUGCAGAGGGAGUGCUGCAGGAGGCACUGGACAAG